AUGAAGUCACCAACACACACUGUAGGUAUUCCUGCUGAUCCUCUCAUACAAGUUGGAGAGGUUAGUGCGGGACCAGUCACUGCUAGUUUGGGCUUAGGACUCGAUACUAGUGUAAAGGUCGGACAAGAUAGUGUUUCAGUAAAUGUGCUCGGUACGGGUAUUCAAAUCGGUCGUAUCAUAAAGAUCUCCUUAUUCGGAUCGACAAUUGCAGUCAAAAUCCCUUAA